AUGGGCAAGGAUAAGACUCACGUUAACGUUGUCGUCAUCGGGCACGUCGAUUCCGGCAAGUCCACCACCACUGGGCACUUGAUCUACAAGUGCGGUGGUAUCGACAAGCGUACCAUCGAGAAGUUCGAGAAGGAGGCCGCUGAGCUCGGCAAAGGCUCCUUCAAGUAUGCUUGGGUGCUCGACAAGCUGAAGGCUGAGCGUGAGCGUGGUAUCACGAUUGAUAUCGCUCUCUGGAAAUUCGAGACCCCUAAGUACAUGGUCACUGUCAUCGAUGCUCCUGGACAUCGUGAUUUCAUCAAAAACAUGAUCACGGGUACCUCUCAGGCUGACUGUGCCAUUCUCAUUAUCGCCGGUGGUACUGGUGAGUUUGAGGCUGGUAUCUCCAAGGACGGCCAGACCCGCGAGCAUGCGCUGCUUGCUUUCACGCUCGGUGUGCGUCAGCUCAUCGUUGCCGUCAAUAAAAUGGACACCACCAAGUGGAGCGAGGAUCGUUUCAAUGAGAUCGUCAAGGAGACGUCCACCUUCAUCAAGAAGGUUGGCUACAACCCCAAGACUGUUGCGUUCGUCCCCAUCUCUGGCUGGCACGGUGACAACAUGUUGGAGGAAUCCCCCAACAUGCCUUGGUACAAGGGCUGGACCAAGGAGAACAAGGCUGGUGUUGUCAAGGGCAAGACCCUCCUUGAUGCCAUCGACGCCAUCGACCCCCCCUCUCGCCCAUCUGACAAGCCCCUCCGUCUCCCUCUCCAGGACGUCUACAAGAUCGGUGGUAUUGGCACGGUGCCCGUCGGUCGUGUCGAGACUGGUAUCAUCAAGGCUGGAAUGAUCGUCAACUUUGCUCCCAGCAACGUCACCACUGAAGUCAAGUCUGUCGAGAUGCAUCACGAGCAGCUCGAGCAGGGUGGCCCUGGUGACAACGUUGGCUUCAACGUCAAGAACGUAUCGGUCAAGGACAUUCGUCGUGGCAACGUCGCCUCCGACUCCAAGAACGACCCCGCCAAGGAGGCUGCGUCCUUCAACGCUCAGGUCAUCGUUCUGAACCACCCUGGUCAGAUUGGUGCUGGCUAUGCACCAGUGCUCGAUUGCCACACUGCCCACAUCGCCUGCAAGUUCGCCGAGCUUAUCGAGAAAAUCGAUCGUCGUUCCGGCAAGGUCAUGGAGGCGUCGCCCAAGUUUGUCAAGUCUGGCGACGCAUGCAUUGUCAAGCUCAUCCCGAGCAAGCCAAUGUGCGUUGAGUCCUACAACGAGUACCCACCUCUGGGCCGCUUCGCCGUCCGUGAUAUGCGUCAGACCGUCGCUGUCGGUGUCAUCAAGUCCGUCGACAAGACCGAGAAGGCUGGUGGCAAGGUUACCAAGUCCGCCGAGAAGGCCACCAAGAAGAAAUAA